AUGGUGCUCGCGCAGCUCGGCACGAGCAUCUCCGAUGCGCUCGCGCGGAUGAGCAAAGCGACGGUGGUCGACGAGAAGGUGCUCGGGGAGUGCCUCAAGGAGAUCACGCGCGCCCUCCUGCAGUCCGACGUCCGAUUCGAGACGGUCCGCGACGUGCAGGCCAACAUCAAGAAGAUCGUCAGCCUCGACACCCUCGCCGCCGGCACCAACAAGCGCCGCAUCAUACAGCAGGCCGUCUUCUCCGAGCUCUGCCGCAUGCUCGACCCCGGGAAGCCCGCCUUCGUCCCCAAGAAGGGGAAGCCUAGCGUCGUCAUGUUCGUCGGAUUGCAAGGUUCUGGAAAAACCACUACGUGUGCCAAGUACGCACAAUAUUAUCAGGGGAAAGGAUUUAAACCAUCACUGGUUUGUGCCGAUACAUUCAGAGCUGGUGCCUUUGAUCAGUUGAAGCAGAAUGCAACCAAGGCGAGGGUACCAUUUUACGGAAGCUACAUGGAGUCGGAUCCCGCGAAAAUUGCUGUUGAGGGGCUGGAAAGGUUCAGAAAAGAAAACUCUGAUCUCAUCAUCAUUGACACAAGUGGACGCCAUAAGCAAGAGGCUGCACUUUUUGAGGAAAUGCGUCAAGUUGCAGAAGCAACGAAACCAGACCUGGUGAUAUUUGUCAUGGAUGGUAGUAUUGGUCAGGCUGCAUUUGGUCAGGCACAAGCAUUUAAGCAAAGUGCCUCUGUUGGUGCUGUGAUUGUUACCAAAAUGGAUGGUCAUGCAAACGGAGGCGGUGCACUUAGCGCGGUUGCAGCUACAAAAAGCCCCGUGAUAUUUAUUGGAACCGGAGAACACCUUGGCGACUUCGACGUUUUCGAUGUGAGACCAUUUGUUAGUCGUCUGUUAGGCAUGGGAGACCUGCCUGGCUUAAUAGACAAGCUCCAGGAUAUUAUUCCUGCUGAUCAACAACAGGACCUUCUGGAAAAGCUCUCUACCUUCACUCUCAGGCUUUUGUAUGAGCAGUUUCAGAAUCUUCUCAAAAUGGGAUCUCUUGGCCAGGUCUUCUCAAUGUUGCCUGGAUUUAGUUCGGAGUUGAUGCCAAAAGGAAGUGAGAAGGAUGGCCAAGCAAAGAUUAAGCGGUACAUGACGAUUAUGGAUUCUAUGACAGAUGCAGAGCUCGACAGUCCAAACCCAAAAAAGCUGAUGACUGAAUCACGAACCAUCCGGAUUGCUCGGGGAUCCGGCAGACAAGUGAGGGAUGUGAUGGACAUGCUUGACGAGUACAAGCGACUAGCCAAGGUGAUGGGCAAGAUGAAGAAUAUAAAGCUUCCGAACGGAAAAAUGAGUGAUAAGAACCAGAACCAGACCAUCCAGCAGUUGACCAAAGCCCUGCCACCACACAUGCUGAAGCAGAUGGGUGGCAUCCCUGGCUUGCAGGACCUCUUGAAAAAAAUGGGUGGCAAGGACAUGAGCCAAAUGCUUGGAGGCAUGGGCCUGGGUGGGGAUUUGUAA